GGUUUCCUAUCCUACUCUGUUUCUAGGGGCAGAUGGCCUCGUCUCUUCCCCUGUUCCUGUCCACUUGCCCACCCCUCUUCUUUUACUCGACUUUUCCGUAGUCUCCUCUCUUUUGAGAACCAGCUGGAGACAGAGACUUGUUGGAUCUCUCUCUCUCUCUCUCUCUCUCUCUCUCUUUCUCUCGAUUUUCCUAUUGACGAAAAGACGGAUUCCAUUCCAAAGUCCAGAUUUUGAGACUUGAAAGUCCAGAUUUUGAGACAAGAAGUCUUGAUUCCAGCCAGUAUCUUUUAGCCUUUCAGUCUCUUUUAUCUUUGGUUUUCAGUUUACUAUCCUAAAGCAUUGCUUUUCUUCAGGUUGGUUCUAUAUAGGAAUAGGAUGAUCGAGGCAAAGAGGAGGUAUUGAUCAUUACUUUAGAAACUGUCUUCUAAAUGGGUAAUGUUAGUAGUGUCCGGGACGUAGAGGAGGAGUGGCAGCAGCAGGAGAGAGAGGGGCAGGGUUUUAGCUCUCAUUCGCAAGGAGGGUCAGAAGAUUUGAUGAGGAAGAGCCCUCCACAGAGCCCGCGUGGUGUAGAAAGGUCUCCUCUGCUCUUCACUCCUCAGGUCACGUCUCUCUUUCUCUCAGUAUUAUUGCUUAGAAAAGAAAGAAAGAUCCCCAUGAUUCCACUGCAGAGACUUGAAGAGAUGCAUUGGGCAAGUGAUUUGUGGAUGCAAAAUUUUACCGAGUACGAGAAUGUCAUCUAUGACCAAGGAAUUCCAACAAUGAUAACCUGGAACCAUGGUGGAAAGGAAGUCUUUGUGGAAGGAUCCUGGGAUAACUGGAAGACAAAGUAUUGGGGACUAGUGACAGAUUUGUCUUAUAUAUGCAACAUCUAUUGUUCGUUAUUUCGAAUGAAUAGAAGUUUGAAGAGAUUGAGCAAUUCAUGUACAUAUGGAUUUUACUGUUACAGGAAACCAUUGCAAAAGUCAGGCAAGGACUUCACAAUUGUGAAAGUACUUCCAUCAGGUUUCUACCAGUAUAGAUUUAUUGUUGAUGGAGAAUGGAGGUAUGCACCUGACAUUCCCUGGAUGCAUGAUGAUUUAGGGAAUGCUUAUAACAUUUUAGACUUGAAGGAAUUUGUUCCUGAGGACAUAGAAAGCAUUGCUGCUUUUGAGCCACCUCAGUCACCAGAUUCUACCUAUAACGGUUGGCCACUUGGUUCGGAGGAUUUUGCCAAGGAGCCACCAAGUGUCCCUCCGCAUCUGUACCUUACCCUUCUCAACAAGCCAGCCAAUAUGGACAGUCCCUUCUCUCUCUCAAGACCUCCGCAUGUAAUGCUGAAUCACCUCUACAUUCAGAAAGGGAAGAGUGGUCAGCCUGUUGUGGCACUUGGUGCUACCUGCAGGUUUCGAUCUAAGUAUGUCACUGUGGUGCUCUACAAGUCCUCGCAGCUAUAAUUACCGAUAGAGUGGAUCACAUAGAUGUAUUGACUUGGAGAGUGGUGAAAAGUAGGCUCAUAUUACCAUGAUGAAUUAUGCCAAAGACCUCCAACUAUUGGGGAAGAUGGAAAGAAAUAUGAACAAGGCUGACAUCUGUACUCAUGCAGAGAGCGAUCAUCAGACAAAUAUAGUGAUAUUGGCUAAAUGUUUGGAGGAGAAUAUUUUUCAAGUUUGUCUAUUUACUAAGUAUCGGCUUUGUGAUGUAUGGCAAGUUGAUUAUAAGUGGAGAACUGGAAAUAAGAAAUAAUGAAUAGAUGAAACCUAAUCAUCUCAGUACUAUGAGAUUAUGCAUAAAAGGAUUAUUUGCUGGAUUUCGACAUUUUAGCUUGUAAAUUUUGCUAGCACUUAUCUCAACUUACAUGUUUAUGUUGUUAGCUUACUAAUAGAAUUUUC